CGCCGCCGUCGACGGGUCCGGCGUCGGGUCGAGCGUCGGGACGGCCGCGGCCACGACGCCGGCCACGUUCUCGCGUUCGUUCCUUCUCUCAUCUCUCUCUUCCUCUCUCUCUCUGUCUCUCUCUCUCUCUCUUUCUCUCUCUCUCUCUCUCUCUCUCUGUCUCUCUCUCUCCCCCUCAUACAUACACACACAUAUAUACGCGCGCGCUCUUUCUUUCGUUCGUUCUUUCUUUCUUUCUUUCUUUCUUUCUUUCUUUCUUUUCUCCUUUCUUUUUUCUUUCUCUUUCUCCCUUCCUCGUCCCUUUUUCUCUCUUCCUCUCUUUUCUCUCUUUCUCGUCGUCCUCGCGUCGACCGAUCCGCCACGCGUUUUUACACCUAUCGCUCCUCGACCUUUCUUUCUAAUCGUCAUUUCUUCUUUUUUCCUCUUCGCAAUGGUUUUUUUAACUCCCUUUAUUCGUCACCUCCUUCGCGCGAUCACACGAUCUCCAACUUCUUCCUCCUUUUCUUCUUCUUUUUCUUCUUCUUCUUCCUCUUCUUCUUCUUCAUCUUCUUUCAUCCCUCAUCCUAAUUUUUGUCUUUUAUCCUUUUGCAAAUCCUUUCGAUGUUCUUUUUGUUUGUUUGUUUGUUUGUUUACUAAUGUGUCUUUUCGUGUUGGUGGUUUUUUCCUCAUUUCCUAUGGUGGUGCGAACAAGGACAAAUUUUAAUCGGUGAGGACUACUAAGCUGGAUCAUAACGAUCUUGUAUUCCUUCUUCUCCAUCGGAACGAGACGGAUCUUCGUGGGAGGUUGCGCAGCACGCAAAAACAGAGAUCCAUACGCAAGAAUAACACCUUCCGUGUCUGGCUAAUCACAACACUUGGAACGCCCUAUACGUAUACGAGAUACGACACUGGAAAAACAUUCGAUCAUCUCGAACGAAACGACCAAGGAAAUGAGUAAGAACUACCACGAUUAACGACAUAAGGAGAAACGAACGUAAACGUUCUGCUAAUCAAAACAAUGGCCCCAUACAAAUAUGGGAAAAAAAGAUAAAAAUAAGAAAAAGUUAAGUGGUACGGUAAAAACGGCAAUUAAAACGGAAAAGAAGUUAAAUGCUAAACAGAAAAAAGAAUUAGCAGCUCUAGGAGAGGAGGAUAUAGAAAAAGUUAUUGCCGAUAUUGAACGGGAAGAAGCUCGUAGACAACGUGUUGUAGAAAUUGUAAUUGAACCACCAUCUCGUAGGGUUAAUUUUUCUUUAAUAGCUCAUCCUUUUAAAGAUGAACUUAUUAUGUUUGGUGGAGAAUUCCAUGAUGGUCAAAAAACAACUGUAUAUGGUGACAUGUUUACUUAUAAUUUAAAUAAAAAAGAAUGGACAGUGAUAAAAGCACCUGGUGCUCCACCACCUAGAUGUGGUCAUCAAGCAAUAGUUACUUCUACAAAUAAAGGGGAAAUGUGGAUCUUUGGUGGAGAAUUUUCUAGUCCUUCAGAGUUACAAUUUUAUCAUUACAAAGAUCUAUGGGUUUAUAGAAUGGGAGAGAAAAAAUGGGAAAAAAUUGUAUCUCCUGGAGGUCCCUCAGCCAGAAGUGGUCAUAGAAUGAUUCACAUGAAAAAGAAACUAAUAGUAUUUGGAGGUUUUUAUGAUAAUCUUAGAGAUUAUAAAUAUUAUAAUGAUAUUUAUAUGUUUAAUUUGGAAACAUAUACAUGGCACAAAAUUGAAUGCACUGGAAAUCCACCAGCACCACGUUCUGGAUGUAUAAUGUUACCUACAUCUGAAAAACUACUUGUUUAUGGUGGCUAUAGUAAAGAAAAAAUUAAAGCAGGAGUUGAUAAGGGACAAAUUCAUACGGAUAUGUUUUUGUUAUCUCCAGAUAAGAAUGAUCAGACUGGUCUUAAGUGGAAAUGGAUAUUAACAAAACAGACAGGUCUCAAAUGUUCUCCUCGCUGUGGUAUGACUGGUAUUUUAAUACAACCACAUAUAGCAUAUGCAUUUGGUGGAGUUUUUGAUAAUAUAGAUGAUGAAGAAGAAUUACAGGGAACAUUCUAUAAUGAUUUGUUAUCAUUAGACUUAGAAAAAUUCCAAUGGCAUGAAGUUACAUUGACUGGUAAAAGAGAACCACCAGGACAACGUAAAAAAGAAAAGGCACAAAAAGAAGACCAUAUAGAUGAAUGUAAUUCGAAUGGAGAUAAGGAAAGCAGUGAUAUUUGUGAAAAUUCACAAACAGGAACAACUAAUUCUAACAAAUCAAUGCAAACUGCCGUUACUUGUAUCGACGAGGAUGAAAUAUUUACAUUAACUGUUAGUUCGAAUACAUCACGUAACACACAGGCAAAUAGUAUGGAAAAAGUUGAAAAUAUAUUCUUUCCUUCACCAAGAAUAAAUCCUGGACUUGUUGUAAAAAAUAAUACUUUGUAUUUAUAUGGUGGUAUGCUGGAAGUUGGUGAUAGACAAUAUACUUUCAAUGACUUUUAUAGUUUAGAUUGUCGCAAAAUGGAUGAAUGGAAAACUAUAACGCACGAUGAUUUAUCUUCACAAGAAUGGCAUAACACAAGUAGUUCUGAUUCAGAAGAAGAAGACGAAGACGAAGACGAUGACACGAGUAAUAACUCCUCUAGUAAUGAGCAAUAAUUACUGUUCAAUAAAAUUUUUAAUUUAUAAUAUUUUUUGUCUUAAUUUUUCAAUAUUUAUUUUAUCAUACAGACAUCAUUUAUUAAAUUAUUAUAAUUAAUUCAUUUUAUCGGUUUAAUACAUUUUUAAAAUAUAAAUAAUUUCAUUAUGUACGAAUAGGUAUAUGGUUAUCAUGAUAUUUCUCAUUAUCUUAAAGCUAUUUAUCACUUCUAGUUUUAUAAUUUAGGCCAACAAUGACUACUGACGUAAUUCUUAAACGAUCUUAAUGAGCAAAGUCUCAUUUUAAAGAUAAACGUUUAAACAAGGAUACGACUUCU